AUGAAGUACUUCUCAGCCGCAGCCGCCGCCGUUGUCGGUGCCAGCGUUGCCUCUGCGCACACGAUCUUCGUCCAGCUGGAGUCCGAUGGAGUGACGACCCCGGUGUCUUACGGAAUCAGGGACCCAUCUUACGACGGUCCUAUCAACGACGUGACGUCGAACUAUCUAGCUUGCAAUGGAGGGCCCAACCCGACGACAGCUUCCAGCGACAUCAUCGACGUCACUGCUGGCACGACGGUCAACGCCAUCUGGAGGCACACCCUCACCUCCGGAUCCGACGAUGUCAUGGAUCCCAGCCAUCUGGGACCAACAAUGGCCUACCUGAAGAAGGUCAGCGAUGCCAGAACGGACGUGGGCUACGGUGCGGGAUGGUUCAAGGUCCAGGAAGACGGCUACAACAACGGUGUCUGGGGAACCACCACCGUCAUCAACAACGGCGGACUCCACGCCAUCACCAUCCCCGACUGCUUGGAGGAUGGCGAAUACCUCCUGCGGGCCGAGAUGAUCGCGCUUCAUGCGGCAAGCUCCAGCUUGGGAGCUCAGCUUUACAUGGAAUGUGCGCAGAUCAACAUCUCCGGCGGUAAGGCGACGAAGACGCCCUCUACCUACAGCAUUCCGGGCAUCUACGCUCAAAACGACCCCGGUAUCCUGAUCAACAUCUAUUCGAUGACCAGCUCCAGCACAUACACUAUUCCAGGCCCUGACCCUUUCACUUGCUAA